AUGUCCAAAACUACCUUAGCAAUUAUAGCAGGCGUUUCUGCAGCCACAGGCGCCGGUAUCACCGCCGCCAUGUAUUCCACACGAUCUGAAAAGAAAACCCAAGCAGCAGCAAGCUCAACAGCAGUCACAGCAUCCUCUACUUCUUCUGCGCAUUCGCCAGUACCUCUCCCAAUCGGCCAAUCCAUGAUCAAAGAUGUCAUAGCACCAGUCGACCCCGCAGGUCUUUUUCAAUACGGAUUUCCAGGACCCGUCGCAGAUCUAGCGACGAGAAAUGCGUUAAUAUCUUCAUUCGAUCGAAGACUUCGAAAUCCUUCUUGGGUUGCAGAACAUAUAACUCCCGCCUCACUUGCAACUCAAAACGGCGAUCGCAAACAUUCCUAUUUUGUCGAAGACCCCUCUGUCCCCGAAAAAUUUCGCGGUAAAUUGAAGGACUAUGUUCGAUCUGGUUACGAUCGCGGACACCAAGUACCUGCCGCAGACGCAAAAUGGAGUCAAGAAGCCAUGAACGAUACCUUUUUCCUCACAAACAUGUGUCCGCAAGUAGGAGAAGGAUUCAACCGCGAUUACUGGGCGCAUUUUGAGGAUUUUUGUCGCAGACUUACGACUCGAUACCCAAGUGUGAGAAUCGUUACUGGACCUUUGUAUUUGCCGAAACGGGAUCCAGCGGAUGGGAAAUGGAGGGUUACUUAUGAGGUUAUUGGAAAUCCACCAAAUAUUGCUGUACCGACACAUUUCUACAAGGUUAUCUUUGCGGAAGAUGGUACUACAGCAGGUCCAGUAGCAGUUGGUGCGUUUGUGUUACCUAAUGCGAGGAUACCUAAUGAGAAGCCGUUGACGGAUUUUGAGGUACCUGUUGAGAUGGUGGAGAGGGCUAGUGGGUUGGAAUUCAUGACGAAGUUGCCGGCGCAGAGGAGGAAGAGAUUGUGUGAUGACAUGAUGUGUGCGUUAGUUAUUAAAGAUUACUCGGAUAGACAGAAGGCAUUUGCAAAGGAUAGUGCACCAAGGAGGACGAGUCCAAGACACACUUCUUAG